AUCGUCUCACCCGUCAGUUCGGUUCUUGUUUUCGUUCGUCCGUCGUGGAUCGUGGACACUUUUCCUUAGAAUCUCGUGCGCUGAUUUUACUAUUAAUGGCUUUUCGGCUCUAAUUAGUUUAUUACUAAUCGUCUGGUCCGUGUCCCGUGUGUUUCCUCUAUUAGUGAACAGUUACCUAUAAUAAAACCGUGAUUGUGAGGAAGAAUCAUCGUGUGGAAAUGGAUCCAAACAACGCUAGUCUGACCUGCGUGGCGACCGUCGUGUGGAGUAACGCUCUCGGAACAACAACUAGAAAGAUCGUCUACAAACAGGCCACACUCCGGCUGGUUCGGAACACGCUGAAAGAGAUGUUCCUGGAAAUUUCCGGCGAAAAGGUGAACACAAUAAAAUUGAAACUAAAAGGAAUCCAAGUGCGUUCCAAGUUCAUGGCGGAAGGAAAGUCUACCAUCGAAUUCAACGAAGAGAAAUGUUCCUGCUUUCUGUCCAACGCUCCGCCGGGAUUGCUAGUUCAGUUUCUGAAAAUAAUUUUCGUAAAGAUCACUUCUGACCAAACAUCCAACGGAGAAUCCAAAGAGGAAAUGCUCAAGAAAACCCGUGCUCACCUGCUGUCCGGUAAGGCGAAUCAGUUCGAUGACAUUAGCCCGGUCACUAACGUUGAGUUGGCACGGGCUAAAAAGCUGGCCGUGGGCACGGGAUCGGUGACCACGCCUCCAGCUGCGCAAAAGAGAAGACGCCUCUCCGGUGAUGAGCAGAGACCAGCGCCGAAGAAGUUGUACGUUCCGUCGCCGUUGGUUGCGGACAUGCAAGCGGAAACACUGAACGAACAGCAAAAGCAGAUACUGGAGGCAUGUAAAGCGGGACGUAGCAUUUUCUUUACAGGCUCCGCCGGAACGGGCAAAAGUUUCCUUCUGAGAAAGAUUAUUUCAACUCUUCCGCCGGACGGAACGGUUGCCACGGCAUCGACCGGUGUCGCUGCCUGUCUGAUAGGUGGUACGACGCUGCACUCGUUCGCCGGGAUCGGUAGUGGAGAAGCUUCGCUGAGCCGAUGCUAUGAAAUGGCAACCAGGGCGAAUUCCGGCUCCAUUUGGAGGAAGUGUAAGAGGCUGAUUAUAGACGAGAUCUCGAUGGUGGACGGUAGUUACUUUGAGAAAAUAGAAGCGGUCGCAAGAUACGUGCGGAAGUCCGAUAAACCAUUCGGAGGAGUACAGUUAAUCCUGUGCGGCGAUUUUUUCCAGCUGCCGCCCGUUGUGAAGCAGGAUCCGUCCGUUCGGAACGCUCUUAGCCAGGAUGACAGCAAGGCGGUUCGUUUUGCGUUCGAAACAAAAGCAUGGAAGGAGUGUGUGCAGCAAUCCUAUGAGCUCACCGUUGUCCAUCGCCAAAAAGAUCCCGCGUUCGUAUCCAUACUGAACAGUAUUCGUAUCGGCAGGGUGACGCCGGAAAUCCGUGACCGUCUGGCUGCCACCUCUAAGCAGCGGAUCGAGGUCGAAGGAAUCCUUGCAACACAGCUAUGUUCCCAUACUAGCGACGCCGAUCGAAUUAACCAAUCGAAGCUCAGCAAUCUUCCAGGGGAAGACAAAACGUACAUUGCCACUGACAGUGAUAGUUAUAUGACUAAACAGCUGGACCAACAGGUUCAAGCCCCCGGGAAGUUAAUUCUUAAACUAGGAGCGCAAGUGAUGUUACUGAAAAACCUGAAUAUUAGUGAAGGUCUAGUAAACGGUGCCAGGGGGGUGGUGUUAAACUUUGUCCAGGGUUAUCCGUUGAUAAAAUUCAAAAAGCGAGAGCUACUUGUUAAACCUGAAAAAUGGUCAAUUAAAACUGCCGGAGCGGUCAUCGUCACACGUUCGCAGCUGCCCCUAAAGCUGGCGUGGGCAUUCUCCAUCCAUAAAUCUCAAGGUUUAACACUGGACUGUGUUGAGAUGUCUCUCUCCAAGGUGUUCGAAGCGGGUCAAGCCUAUGUGGCGUUGAGUCGAGCCCAGAGCUUGGACAGUUUGCGGGUGCUGUCGUUCGACGGCAAAGAAGUGUGGGCGAAUCCUAAAGUGCUCGAAUAUUAUCGCGAUUUGCGGAGAGAGAUUCGUGAUCGGGAGUUAGUCACUCCCAUGGCUGUGAGCAAGAAAAAAGACGGUGGGCUGAAGAAAUCUCUCUCCUCAAUGGGUCUGACCAAGUCGAUGAUGAGUAAACCGUUAGUUACGAUCAACUAGACGAAUUUCAUAACUUGACAGCAUUUCUUCUCAUCGAUAUUUAUUAGUUACGUUUAUGUCCAGGCAAUAUCAUUCCGCUAAGGAAUUAUUUACAAAAAACUAAACCUAGCUAGACGAAUUUGUACUUGUAGUAUUACACAAUAUCACUAGAAAGUCAUGUAUUAUUUAGGAAACCCCUAAUUAUGUAAUAAUUAGUAUUAGUAAGGCUAAACCUCAAAACAUGUGUGUGGUAAAAAAAAUAGAAAACAUAAAUGAUUAGACUAAUACAAA